AUGGUUGUACUUUAUGGUCAGAGAAAGAUUCCUCUCACUAAGUGUCCUAUUAAGGCACCUCUGCCUAUUGUCCAUAAGUAUUACCAGCUUGGGGAUUUUAUCAUUGCUAGUAUUACCUCUCAAGUCUACAUUUUUUCAAGUCCAGUAACUUUUCAGAAGCAGCCUUCUGAUGAAACAUUUGAUGAUCUUUUGAUGUUCACUCAGAAUUACCAGCACAUCCUGGCCUUGGUAUUUGCUGUGAAGGAACUCAAUGGGAAUCCUCAAAUCUUACCCAAUGUCAGUUUGGGCUUCCACAUCUUAAACAGCUAUUUUUUGGCAAGGUGGACCUAUCUUGCCUCAAUGGAACUUCUAUCCACUCAGGACAAGUUCAUCCCUAACUACAAAUGUGAUAUUUGCAAUAUGAUUGUGGGGGUCAUUGGGGGACCUACUUCUGAAGUCUGUCUCCACAUGGCAAACAUCUUGAGUACUUACAAAAUUCCACAGUUCUUAUAUGGGUCUUCUCCUGUAAUAAAUGACGAAACCAAACAUUUUUUUCACAAGAUGUUUCCCAAUGCAACCCAUCAUUAUUUGGGCAUUCUUCAGUUGCUACUGCAUUUCAAGUGGACCUGGAUUGGUGUGAUUGUUUCUGAUGAUGACAAUGGAGAUAUAUUUGUACAGCAUGUACUUCCCUUUUAUUCUCAGAAAGGUAUCUGUGUGGACUUCAUAGAAACAAUGCCUAAAAUGUCUUUUUCAGGCGAUGUGGCUGCAAUUGCAAUGGAAUGGUUUGUAACUUCACAUAUGGUCACUGGAAGUACUGCCAAUGUUGUUAUUAUACAAGGUGAAAUACACACUAUUAGUAUCUUAAGAACACUUUUCCACUUUUUGCAUUUUUACAAUCUAACAAUUGAAAACCGAGUAUAUAUUAUUACAGCCCAGAUGGAUUUUGCAUCUCCUGGUUUUACAAGAGAUUGGGACAUACAUUUCCUCCAUGGAGCUCUAUCACUUGCUGUUCAUACAAAUUAUCCUAGAGGAUUCCAGAAAUUUCAGAAGGAAAGAAAUCCUCUCUCAGAAAACAGAGAUGGCUUUAUUAGAAUUUUCUGGAAAGAUGUUUUUAAUUGUGAAUUCUCAAGUUCCACUCUAGAAGAAAGCGAUGAGGAGAUCUGCACUGGGGAGGAAAAAUUGGAGAGUGUAUCUGGGACCUUGUUUGAUACAAUUAUGUCUGGUCUCAGUUAUAGUAUCUAUAAUGCAGUUUACAUUAUGGCAUAUGCUUUGUAUGCCAUAAUUUCAUCCAAGUCAAAAGAGAGGGCAAAGAUAAAAAACAUGAGACAAGAAUAUCUACUUGAAGAAGCCUGGCAGAAAAGACCUCGUUCCCUGUGUAAUGACAAUUGUCAUUCUGGUUCCAGUAGGGCCAAAAUAGAAGGAAAGCCAUUUUGCUGCUAUGAGUGCUCUCCAUGUCCGGAAGGCAAGAUUACAAGUCAGAAAGACAUGGAUAAUUGUUUGCCAUGCCCAGAAGGACAGUAUCCAAACAACAACCAUGACUCAUGUCUUCCAAAACAUAUAGUUUUCUUAUCUUAUGAAGACCCGUUAGGCAUCAGUUUGGCCACUGUCACAAUCAUCUUUGCUUGCAUUGCCACUGUGGUGCUUGGGAUAUUCAUCAAAUACCAGGACACUCCCAUAGUUAAGGCCAACAACCGGAACAUCACCUACCUUCUCCUUGUCUCCCUUGUACUCUCAUUUCUUUGCAGUUUAUUAUUCAUUGGAAAACCUGAAAAGAUCACCUGCCUUUUGCGACAAACAGCUUUUGGGAUUGUCUUCUCAGUAGUCAUUUCUUGUAUAUUGGCCAAAACCAUCAUUGUGAUUUUAGUUUUCAUGGCUUCAGUACCAGGAUCCAAGAUGAGACAAUGGCUGGGCAAACAAUUAGAUAAUUACAUUGUUGUUUCUUGUUCUCUCAUUCAAGUCAUUGUUUGCACUGUAUGGCUUGUAACCUCACCCCCAUACCCAAGUGCUGAUAUGAACUUAGUAUCAGAUAAAAUCAUCCUUGGAUGUAAUGAAGGCUCUACUCUCAUGUUUUAUUGUGUUUUACUUUACCUGCUUUUCCUUGCCAUUGUUGGUUUCAGUGUGGCUUUUCAAGCUCGGCAUUUACCAGACAGUUUUAAUGAAACCAAGUUUAUCUUCUUCAGCCUGCUAUGGUUUUGCAAUGUCUGGUUGUCCUUUUUUCCAACAUAUCUGAGCACCAAAGGAAAAUACAUGAUGGCCGUGGAGAUCUUUUCUAUUCUCUCUUCCAGUGCAGGAUUACUGGGCUGCAUUUUUUUCCCCAAAUGCUUUGUUAUUCUACUAAGGCCUAAUCUGAAUACUAAAAAACAGUUAAUGACAGGGAAGAAAUACAGUAUAAUUCCAUAA